CGUCGCGCGAGCCUGCCUCUGCUCCGCUCCCGUGUACCGGCCCGGCAGGAUUGGAAUCACCUGAGCGCGCUCUGUGAUUCGUUUUUUCUUUUCCUUACUGGAAUACCUAAAGCGGCAGGUGAUACGGACAGUAUCGGAGGAAUAAUAGUCGUUUCUGUCGCUUGGGAGAAGAUUUGUUUUCACCGCAAGCAUGUCUACGAAAGACCACUUGCACCGGAGGAAGGUCCGCGGACUGACCAAGUUGGGUCGCAUGGUGAGCGAGGACCCGGACAUCGACAACCUGCUGUCCACCCUGUCCCCGGAGGAGCUCGAGGAGGUGGAGAAGGAGGUGAUGCGGGUCCCGGGGCCCGACCCCAGCGAGAUCACCAUCGUGGACCAAACCGACUCCACCAAGAACAGCGCGCGGGGCGCGAGGUCGGACGCGGCCGGUUGCGACUCCAGAAAAUCCCUCCAGAGGAAUAUGUCUGUUGAGGACUCGAAGGAGAGCCGGAAGCAGGAGUACCUGCGUAAGAUGGGCUGGAGUCAGGAGAAGAAGGACCAGAUGGACCUCCAGCGCCAGGACAGCGUCUCCUGCUCACGUGACGACAAGAUGACGGACAGGAGCAGCAGAGGCUCCGCCCACAGGCCUCAGGAGGAGCAGAGCGGAGCGGCGGCCCAUCGGUGGCGCAGGGAGGAGAGCCGUGAUGCGGAGGUCAAGGGAGACAAGACGAGCAGGGAGCAGAGCCGUGAUGCGGAGGUCAAGGGAGACAAGCCGAGCGACGGGAAGCUGAGCGAGAAGAGAGACGCCAAGGAGAGCAGCAGCAAGACCAAGGAGAUGAUCUCCAAACUGCAGGAGAAGAAGGAGAAGGAGGAGGCGCGGGAGCGGGAGAGGAGGGAGGAGGUCAGGAGACGAGACGAGGGCAAGACCAAGGGGCUGGUGUCCAAACUGCAGGAGAAACGAGAGAAGGAGGAGGCGCAGGAGCGGGAGAGGAAGGAGGAGGCGAGGAGACGAGACGAGGCCAAGACCAAGGCACGGGUCUCCAAGAUGGCGGAGAAACAGAACCAGAACCAGACCCAGAACCAGAACCAGACCCAGAACGAGGUGGACAAGGCAGACGAGAAGAAGAAGGCCGAAUCGAAGGACGCCAAGGGAACGAGGGAUGAGGGAGGAGAAAAGGCAGAGGAGAAGAAAGAGGGACAGGGAAAGGAAGAGGAAAGUAAAGUGACAGAGAAUGAGGUGAGCGCGAGCGGAGACGCGAAGGCCAAUGCCAGCGCAGAGGAAGUGGAGGAGAACGCAUGUCCCAACGACGGAGCGCAGCUGCACGAGAAGAAGGAGAAGAAUGCUGCAGAGACGUCCGCACCAGCGCCGGACCAGAAGGAGGCCGUGGGCAACUGCGUGACGGACAAGAAGACUCCAAAGAAGUCGAAAGAGGAGGAAGAGGAGGAGGAGUCGGCGAGCAUGUUUGACGAGGACCUGCAGAAAGUCCGCAGCAACGACCCGAACAUGACGGAGCUCAACGUCAACAACUCCGAGGUCAUCAAGGCCAAGACGCUGAUCCAGUUCGCCGAGGCGCUGCGCGACAACACGCACAUCAAGACCUUCGCCCUCGCCAACUGCCGCGCCGACGACCACGUGGCCUACGCCAUCGCCGGGACGCUCCGCACCAACCGCACGCUGACCAGCGUCAACCUGGACUCCAACCUCCUCACCAGCAGGGGCAUCAUGGCGCUGAUCCAGGCGCUGCAGCACAACGCCACGCUCACCGAGCUGCGCUUCCACAACCAGCGCCACAUCUGCGGCGGCAAGUCCGAGAUGGAGAUGACCAAGAUCCUGAAGGACAACACCACGCUCCUGAAGCUGGGCUACCACUUCGAGCUGGCCGGCCCGCGCAUGACCAUGACCAGCCUGCUGAGCCGCAACAUGGACCGGCAGCGGCAGCGGCGGCUGCAGGAGCAGAAGCAGGCGCAGGCCAACGGCGAGCUGAAGGGGGCGCUAGAGGUGCCCAAGGGCAAAGGUCACGGCUUCCGCUCGCCCAAGGCCUCGCCCAAACCCUCGCCACAGCCGUCCCCCGUGCCCUCGCCCAAGAUGCCCCCGCGGAGGGGCAGGGUGUCCAUGGCACCCCCCCCACCCCCCGGCCCCGCCGGGCCCCCACCCCCCCCGCCCCCUCCCCCCCCCCGCCCCAUGCUGGACGGAGACUUCCUGAAGAGCUCGCUGACGCCCGUGUCACAGAGGAAGAAGGCGGACCGCGCGGGGGGGCGGAGCGACGGCAAGAACUCACGCGACCAGCUGCUCGCCUCCAUCAGAGGCAGCGACAUGAAGAAGCUCAAGAGGGUGCCUGUACCGAAGCUACUGCAGUGACCCGGCAGGACAGACAGCAGGAAGAGACGGGACACGUGUGUGUAACCAUGGAGACGGAGCAGACACCUCAUGAGCGCUGAAGAGAGGAGAGGAGAAGAGAAGAGAGGAGAAGAGAAGAGAAGAGAAGAGAAGAGAAGAGAAGAGAAGAGAAGAGAAGAGAAGAGAAGAGAAGAGAAGAGAAGAGAAGAGAGGAGAGGAGAACUCAAAAGUCAGCAGAGACGACUCUUUGGGUGACCACUGCUGUCCCUACAUCACCAGCCUGAGACACACAGGGACAAACUACCCCAUCAGAUGCACAGCCUCCACCUGGUCCUCUAUUAACUCUCUCUCUCUCUCUCUCACACACACACACACACUUUCACUCUCUCUCACUCUCUCUCUCUCUCUCUCUCACACACACACACACACACACACACUCACACACACACUUUCACUCUCUCUCUCUCUCUCUCUCUCUCUCACACACACACACUCACACACACACUUUCACUCUCUCUCUCUCUCUCACACACACACACACACACUCUCUCACACACACACACACUUUUACUCUCUCUCUCUCCCACACACACACACACACACACACACACACACUCACACACUUUCACUCUCUCUCUCUCUCUCUCUCUCUCACACACACACACACUCUCUCUCACUGUCUCUCUAUCUAUCUGCUCACUUUAUCAGUUUAACAGACACACACACACACUCACACACUUUCACUCUCUCUCUCUCUCUCUCACACACACACACA